AUGAAAGAGGAAAAUUAUUCCGACUCAGACUCAGACUCUGAUUCUAAUCCUAAUUAAGAUACUACUGAUUUUGAUUUUACUCAGUUAGAAUAAUCAGUAUUGAUUUCAAAGGAUGACGGAUUAUCAAAAUUAAUAAAAGGAUCAGAUCAAUACUAUUAUCAAUACUUUCUAAAUAUCUUGAAUUAGAAAGGAUAUCAACUUGAUUCGAUACAGUAGGAGCAUUUUUCAACUUAUAAAGGAAUGAAAACCAAAAAUUAUAAGAAAAUAUGCUUAAGAAGAUUAUUUGUUGAGUAUGAUAAUCUGAUGAAUGAAUCCAUGGAAACAGAGGAAACAACCAAAAGAAAAAGAAAAAUUUUAUACAAAAUCAAUAAGAGAUUAUUUAAAAUCAAUUUUGAUGAUUUAUCCUAAGAUACAUCUACCAAAUAAUAAAAUGCAUUUAAUACUAACUUAUAGACCAAAGAAUUAGUUUCUCAAUUUGAUAAUAACAAAUUAGCAAUGGAUGAUUAUCUGAAGGAUGCUUAUACAGAAAAGGGAAUCAGCAAAUUAUCUGCUGGCUUACUCCAAUAAUUAAAUCUUUUAGAAUUAAUUAAGGCUCCUAAUAAAGUUAUUGAUAUUUUCUUUAAUAAAUUAAACCAUAGCAGUUAAAGGGUAAUUUUAAAUGAUAAUAUUCCUUAAUUUUUUAAUCAAUUGGUUGGAAAAAAAGACUUUAAAUUUACAAAUUCUUGCUUCAACAUCUUAACUAUUGAGUAAAUGGAGGAGUUAGGAAAAUUAAAUAAGAAAUUUUUAGAAUAUACCAUUUUUGUGGGAAAUCUAUAUUUCAAGAAAUUUGGAAAGAAUAAAAAAUAGGACGAGAAUUCUGAAUAUCUUUUAGUUUAAAAAGAAGAAAUUUUAUCAAAUUUGAACAAGGCAUAUAUUUGGACAAAAUCUUUAUUAGAAAGGUUUAAUUCUCUUAAGUAAAUAGUUUUAAGGGAAUUACUUUAAUAUGGUAUUGAAAUUUAACAUUAUGACUUUGAUUUAUUUUUGGAUUUUCUAAAAAAUCCAAUAGAAAUCUAUCAAAAUAUUACAAAAUCACAUAGGGAUGUGCAAAGUAAAAUCAGAAAUGACUUUUCAAUUAAUUGGCAGGAAUGGCAUGGAUUUAAUAUUUGCAGAUGUAAUUAUUAGAGAUUAUAUGUAGAUAUGAAUACUAAUUAAUUAAUUGAAAAGUAUUUAUAAAAGUACUUUGAAUAAAAUUCAGAUUUUAGUAUUUUUGAGCAAUACUUGGAAUCUCAUUAUUUAAAGAAACAAAAAGCCAUCAGUCGCCUGUAUAAAGGAGAGGAAGCUCAAGAUUUGAACAAUUAUUUUACUAAUAAUGAAAUUAAAUUGAUGAACAAUACUAAGGUCUUAUACUUAUGUGAUAACAAUAAGCCAUAUUUUAUUCAUGGGGAACCUGUCAACUUAUAUGUCGAAUUAAAGAACAUCUAAAGUUUGACGAUUAAAAUAUUUCAAAUUAACAUGAAAAAUUUUUAUAUGGCUAAGACCGAAUAAUUAAGUACAAAUAUAUGUUUAGAUGGUUUUAUUCCUACAGAGGAGAUAAAUUUUACUUAUGAUUGUCCUCCUAUUAAGAAAGUAAUUAAAGAGUUUGCGUUUGAAUCAAUUUAAAAGACUGAAAGAGGAACCUUUAUUAUCGAAUUUAUAGGUAAUGGACUAUCUUGUAGAGCAAUAAUUGAGAAGGGAAGAUUAUGUUUGAAGUAGACAAUAGUAACUGCUGGAUAUAAAUAUGAGAUAUUUGAUGAAAAAUUUGAGAAAUUGCUUGAUGAUAAAAUUGGGUUAUGGAUUGAAGAGACCUUUUAUAGUUUGGUUAAGGGAGAAAUCGUAGUUCCAUUCCCAAAGGAGGAAACCAAAUAUUCAGCCAUUAUUCAAUAUGGAGAUUUCUAUUAAAAGGAGAAUCUCUUGUUAUAACCUGAAUCUUUUAGAUUAAUUUGCAGUUUCAUUUUGGGGGAUGAGUAAAUUCAAUUAGGCUCUGAUGUCUCAGUAAUUAUUAUCCCUAAAUUGACUUUGAAUGGAACAAACAUAGGAUUUGAAAUAUUAAAGGAUGCUAAUGUCUAAAUAUCUUGUUAGAAUGAGAAAGGUGUUCCUUAAACCUUCAACUUCAGAGACAUUAACUUUGAGUCUUAAGUUCCUUUAGAAUUGAAAUUCCCUGUUAAUUAAAAACUACUCAGUAUCUAAGUAGAUGUAACAGGGAAAAUAAAAUAAUUACACAAAAAAGACGAUUUAGAAUUAUAAUAAACAUGUAACAUAAAAAUGGAAUAAGAUAUAAAAUAAUAAAUAUUUAUAAAACAAUUGCUAAGAUUUGAUGAUGCAGAUGGUUAUUCAAUAUUUGUAUUGGGUAAGAACGGCGAGCCAUACAAAAAUGUCUAGGUUUAAGUAUUAUUUACUCACUCUUUGAUUAAUGAAUAAAUCAAAGAAAAUCUUAUUACUGAUGAAAAUGGAUAAAUCAAGUUAGGGUUUUUGCCAUAAAUAGAAAAAAUACAUUCAACUGUCAUUUCUACGAAAUAUUAGAUCUAAAAAUAAGAAUGGAAACUACUUAAACUAUUUUCUGCUUACUAAAGCUCUUAUGAAUUAGUGGUUAAUUUGGGAGAAAAAUUGACCUUACCAUUUCGUACUAAAUUAGAAAAUGUUUUGCUCUAUUAAAUAAAAAACUUGUAGUCUGAAAUAACUCCGAUUAACAAUAUUAGGAAUUAGAUUUAAUUUGAAGAGAAUGAAAUAACCAUUGAAUUCACUUAGAAAGGAGUAUUUUUACUUCGAUUAUUAGAAGAAGCAUAUUCAUUUUAAUUCAAAGUCAUUGAUAAUACCUUAAAAUAAUGUAAAGACUACCUUUAUACUUAAAAUGAGAGGAUAUAAAAAGAACAUCUGAGAGAAAUUAAUUUAAAAAGUACUGUGACUUAACUGAAUGAUACAAAGCUGUUGGUAUAGGGUGAUAUAUUAUAUGAUAAAGAAUAUCAUAUAAUUGCAUUAGCUACGACAUUCUAUCCUGAUCUAAGUAGUUUAGAAAAAGAGAUGCAAAGUUUUAUGUAGUAGUAUGAAUAACCCCUUGAUCUUAAGAUUGAAUUCAAAAAUAACAUAUAUUUGUGUAACCUAAAAUAAUCGGAUGAGUUAGGAUAUAUUAUUGAAAGGAAAAAUCAACCAAAAUAUUUGGGCAACACACUUGAGAAACCUCAAAUCCUUUUAAAUCGAUUUCUUACUGAUUGUACAGAAACUUAAGAAGAAAAUUUGAAAUAAGUUUAGCAAAAUUUAUUAAAACCUACCAAUUCCAGAUAGAUGGCAAGUAAGGCGUAUAGAAAAUCAGGACCUAUGCAAUAUCAUUAAUAAAGUUUUAAUUCAUUUUGUGAUUUCUUGAAAUUUUCAGGCAGAGUUAUCACAAAUAUCCAUAAGGAUAAGAAUCACUAUUCUUUUGAAGUUCCAGUUCAUUAUUCUACAAUUGUGAUGUUGGUUUAUACAGAUAAUAACUAUGUUAUUAAGGUAUUACCAUUAUAGAACAAAGAAAUUUAAAUUAAAGAUUUAUGUCAUGAGUCAUUACUGGAGAAGAAUAAGUUUUAUUCCACCUUCAGGAGCACAAAGGAAAUCAUCCCUUAGACUCCAUUUUAAAUUUAAGACAUAUCAUCAACAGAAAUAUUUAUUAUAGACUCCUUGAAUUUAUUAUUUAAAAUCCAGAAAGAGUUAGUGAGAAUCAAUAAAUAAAAGAUAUAAGAGAAAGAUUUGAAAAUGCUAUCAGAACUCUUAAAAUGGGAUAAAGAAACAUCUCAGUUUUAAUAGAAAUUCUAUAAUUAAUAUUAAUGUGAUGAAUUGAAUUUGUUUCUCUUUAUGAAGGAUGCCAGAUUUUUUGAAACAGUCAUAUUGAAUCACAUUAAAAAUAAAAUAGAAAAAUCAUUUAUAGAUAGCUUUUUACUUUAGGAUCAUUUAGCACUUUCUAAAUAUGAAUAAGUCUAAUUAUUUUAAUAGUUGAAUGCACUGGAGUAAGCACUUCUUGUAAUUUAUAAUUAAGAAAUUGCAGAAAAGAAGGAAGAAGCAUAAAUUAUGGCUAAAUAUCUAUAAUAGAAUUUUAAAACUAUUGUUAAUAAAUAGGACGACGAUAAAUAUAAGUUACUUUUUGACACCAUUUUAGGAGUAGAAAAAGAACUAAUCAAUCAGAAAAAUAAGAGUUAAGAAAUAGAAAAGUAAAAUUCGAAAGAAAUAAAAAAUCAUGAUUAAUAGAUCGAAUUAGUAGGAAGAAAAAAAAAAAAAAGAGUUAGUCGAAGAUGUGAAGAUGUUGAAGAUGAUGAAGAUGAUGAAGAUGAUGAAAUGAGUAACAGCAGAAGUAUGAGUAAAAGUAGAAGUAUGAGUAGAAGUAAAAGUAGAAGUAUUAGUAGAAGUAUUAGUAGAAGUAGGAGUAGUCGUAGUAGUAGUAGUAGUAGUAGUAGUAGUAGUAGUAUUCCUUAAUUUAAAAAAAAGCGAUAAAUGGUUUAAGCUCGUGGAGGAGCAAGAACUAGAUAAACUGCAAGAAAAUCGACUGCUGGAUGUGCUUCUAAGGGCUUUGGAGCUAGAAAUUAUAAUUCCAUGCGUGAAAGCUUAGUUUAAACUUUUUAACAAGUCGAAGCCACUAAGGAGUACUGUGAAAAACAUUAUAGUGUCGGAAUAAAUUAAUAGUAAUAUAGGAAGUUGGUUCGUAGCUCUGAGUUUUUCAUUGAUCUAGCAAAUCACUCAAUACAAAAAGGUUAUUUCACUGAAAAUUUCAUUUCAUCUUCAUUUAUGUACUGCACUUCCAAUUUCACAGAGAUCAUUAGUGUGUUGGCAUUAAUCAGUCUACCCUUCGAGUCUCCAAAACAUACUCAACAAUAAUCAGGGAAUAAGGGAAUAGAAUUAUUAUAUCCGAGUUCUGCUCUCAUAUUGAUAAAGGAGAUUUAAGAGGCUCAAGUGUAGCCUAAUUCCAGAAUCAUUAUUAAUCAAUCCUUUUUCGAUCCCCAAAAUGAGGAGAUUGAGGAUCAGAAGGAUAAUGAAGAUGAGGAAGACCUAAGAUAUUUUUCAAUUAAAAAAGUUUAUGGUUGUAAAGUAGUUGUUUCGAAUUGCACAGCAGUUUCGCAGACCUUUUAAUUAUUGAUGGAAAUUCCCAAUGGUUCAAUUCCAGUCGAUACAACAUUUUCAACUAAAACAUUAACAUAUACAGUUGCUCCUUAUUAAAGUUUUAUCUAAAAAUACUUUUUCUAUUUCCCAAAAACUGGAAAUUUCACAAUUUAUCCAGCCAACAUUUCAAAACUUGGAAAAGUCAUUUAAAUUGCAAAAGAGAAAAUCUUCGAAGUCUACGAUGAAAGGGCAAAGGUCAAUCUAGAAAAUAUAAAUGAACUCCUGACAACAGACAAUAAUUAAGACAUUUUAAAUUACAUUGAGAACAAAAACAUAUUCAAUGAAAAGUGGUUUAAUCCAAAAUUAUUAUAUCAUAAAUUUAGUGAUGAAACCUUCUAUAAUUAAGUAAUGUAGAUUUACAGAAAGAGAAAGUUUUAUGAUUACCACAGUUUUGCUUAUGCAUUACUACACAAUAAUGUUCAAUGCUUAAAAGAGUUAUUCAUGACUUAAAAAGCUUAGAAGGCUUUGAAAUAAUAUUUUAAUCAUUUUGCCUGUUCAUUGUUUGAAAUCAAUUCUAUUAGAAUUCUGGAGUAUUACCCACUGAUUAUUAAAAGAGUGCAUAAACUGUAGAACGGAGAGAAUAACAUACUCAAUGUAUAACUAAGGAAACAAUAUACAAACUACUUAAUCUAUCUUUUGGAAAAGCCUCAGUUUUCAACCAUUGAUAAGUUAAUCCUGAUCUACUAUUUGCUAUUGCAGGAGAGAGUUAAUGAAGCUGUUUAAGUGUAUUCACAAAUUAGCGAAGAGGAAUAAAAGGAGUAAUAAUUAUAGUUUGAUUAUUUAUCUGCAUAUUUGGACUUUUAUACAGGGUACCCCAAUUUUUAGAAGGGAAGAGACAUAUGUAAAAAGUAUUUGAGUUAUCCUGUAAUUCAUUGGAGAAACAUGUUCUAUGAAAUGAUUAAUCUAUUGAUUGAAUAUGAUGGAGAGGAAGACAACCAAUUCUCUAAAUUAGAAAUAACUUAAUAAUAAAGACAAUAAGAAAUUGCUAAAAAGGAAGAGACAUUGUCAGGUUCAAUAGAGGGAGAUUCAAUCAGCAUCACAUACUCAAACUUAUCUGAAGUAAAGAUAGAAUACUAUAAAUUGGAUAUUGAAAUUCUAUUUUCAAAUAACCCAUUCAUGAAGAAUAUCAUCUAAGAUUUCUCCAUAGUCUUACCAAAUGUAUGUACAACUCACACUCUUGAAGGUCAAGAAAUCCAAAAGAAUUUGUAUUAAUAGAAAAUUCAAAUUCCUAGAGAGAUUGUAAAAGAGAAUCUGUUUGUAACAAUUAAAGGUUUGUAGAAAUAAGUCACUUGUAAGUAUUAACCAACAUCUCUGUUUGUACAAACUAUGGCAGACUCAGGAUAGAUUAGAGUAUUCAAUUAACAAGGUUAAUACUUAUGCAAAGUUUACGUGAAAGUGUAUUCAAGAGAUAAAAAUGAUAAAGAGACAUUCUAUAAAGAUGGAUACACAGAUCUAAGAGGAAGAUUUGAUUAUUCUUCAUUGAGUUCAGCCAACUUUAAAGACAUUGAUAAGUUUUCAAUGCUAGUUUAUCAUGAAGAGUUAGGAUCCAUAAUUCAAUAGGUUUCCCCUCCUCCAACUUUGGGAUAAUACGAAAAAGAAAUUAAAUUAAUUGGAAAUAAAUGGAGACAAUAAGAAAGAGACGAAUAUUAGAAUAAGGAGAGAGUUUAAUAAACUAUGUUCAUCGGAAAAGGAGGAAAAGGGAUGGGAAUAGGAAAAGUCAGCAAAAGAAGAGAUCGAGAUCAAGAUCAAGAUUGA